AUGUCAGACAUGGGAAGAAUAGUGGAGAACAAGAGGAGUUUUUGGUCUCUGUUUGUGAUCCUCUUCUCCAUAUUAAAGAUCAUUAGUGGGGAAGACCCUUACAGAUUCUUCACAUGGAAUAUCACUUCUGGUUAUAUCUACCCUCUUGGUAUCAAGCAACAGGGGAUAUUGAUAAAUGGACAGUUUCCUGGGCCACCCAUCCUGUCUGUGACAAAUGAGAACUUAAUCAUCAAUGUUUUCAACAAUCUAGAUGAGCCCUUUCUUAUCUCUUGGUCAGUUCUCUUAAUUUGA